AGCUCCACUGUUCACUCGGGGUCAUAGAGACAACAGACAGAGCUCAAAAAAAGACUCAAAGCUUCCAACAGCAUCUUUUCCUAAGGAACCAAGAGACCAUGCGUCCAUCCUGCAUUCCUUCUGCUUGCUUUCUCUUGCUCUUAAGCAUUCAGCUCCUCAGUGCACUCCCACUGCAAAAUGGUCCCUUCACUAAUGAAGACAUGGAUGUCUUAAAGCUUUUGCUUGCCCGUCUGGAAGAGACAAUUCCAGCUCCAAUGCAAGAUCAGCCACAGCUGCCCAAAGUGCCAAAGCUGGAGGACGCUGUGGUUUCAGAGGAAGAUGGGCAUCCCCUGCCUCAGAUGGACGUGAGAGAUUACCUCUCAGCCCGAGACCUGAAGAAUGUGAAACUUGACUCUGGCUCCAAGAAAUAUUCUGCCUGUUUUGGGCGCCGAUUGGACAGGAUCGGUUCCAUGUCCACUCUGGGAUGCAAUACAAUUGGACGCAACAAUCCAAAGAGGAAAUGAAGUCUUAAGAGAAACUUCUACAUUGUUCACUGCAAUGAAUGCCAAAUGAAUUUUUAAAUGUGCAUUUAUAUUUAUUAGAAUAUUUAUUGAACUGUCUACAUUUGAAUUUGUAUUUAUAUAUGUCCUUAAUUUAAUGCUUCUCCAAUAGCGUUGUAUAUAUAAUAUUGUAAUAUUGUAAUGCAAACGUUCAAUAAAUCUUGAAAUCUGA